CAACCUUUGUCUCAGUCAAGCACUCAAGCCAGAGAGAUAUUAAAUGCGAUGGAGCAAACUCUUUUACACUUUCAAAAGUAUAUCCCUACAGCUUUUGUUCCAUAACCAUACUGGUAAAGACCUGGAAGAACCGAAGAAGCACACAAGCCUUCUGAACUCCAACCAUGACUUCGUAUCUUAGCCGGGAAUUUGACCACCGGAAAUUCGGUUCCCAGCCCACAUUUCGUUCCACUACUCCCCACUUCUUGAGUAUUAUUCUAGAUGACACUGCUAGAGACGUUAAACUGGGGAUUCCGGAGGACUUUGUGUCUAAAUAUGGAAAAGAUCUAUCAAAUUCAGUAACUUUUAGGCUUCCAUGUGGUUCAGAAUGGGAAGUAGGAUUGACAAGGUACAAUGGUGAGGUUUGGUUUGACAAGGGUUGGCCAGACUUCUCGAAGUUUUACUCUCUUGGCUACAACGACCUGCUGGUUUUCGGAUAUGAAGGGAAGUCUAGAUUGCAGGUUUCCAUAUUUGAUAAAAGCACAAUUGAGAUCGAGUAUCCCGUUAAAGCGCCUAACAUUGAAGAAAGUGAUGAACAUGAUGAUUCUUCUGUUGAAAUCUUGGACGAUUUUCCACUGUAUCUAAGAAAAGCAGGAGAGACAUCUCGACUACCAAGUCCUCUGCUUCGCAUGAAAAACAGAACAGUUUCAAGUGGCACUGCAAAAAUCAAUCUCAGUUUUGAGAAGUCUAUGAAAAAGAAACAGACACAUGGGUCCAAAUCAGGAAGAAAAAGGAAAGACCAUUUCCCAGUGAAAAAAGAAUGGGGAAGCACUUCUAGCACUAAGCGAUUCCAAAAACAAACACCAGAGGUUCAUUCAAAGGCUAAUGUUUUCAAAUCUCACAACUGCCCUUUCAGAAUGGUCAUCCGCCCCUCCUAUUUCAAUCAAAAUCUUUUGUGGUUGCCUUCUGAGUUUGUCCGGACACAUCUUAUGAAGCAGCCAAGUAGUGUUAUCCUUUGUGUUCCAGGUGGGAGUAAAAUUUGGACGGUUGCACUGAAUUAUCAACAGAAAGCAAGAAGAGUCAGCUUCAACACUGGUUGGAUUGAAUUUCUGAGAGACAAUAACUUGAAAGUUUGGGAUGUUUGUGUGUUCAUGUUGAUUGAUGAAAUUAGACUUCUAUUUGAAGUUGUCACAGAAGCUGCAAAUUGCACCAUGUCAUCAGACACUGAUGAUGAGGAGGAUAAUGAGGAUAAUGUGACUGAACUUGAUGAUGCUGAUGACGAUGAAGAAGCAGAUGAUGAUUCCAUUGAAAUAUUGGACCAUUUUCCAUCAUUCACAAAAGGAAAGGAGAAAUUUGCAUUACCAUCUCAGCUUCAUAAAAGAAGGAGAACAACUUCUAGUACUAAAGCAGAAAGCACCAUGAAACAUGUAGGCGGCUGCUCCAAAACUCAAAAAUUCCUAAAGCAAAGGCCUGAGGUCUCCAAAAGGAUUCAUCCAGUUAUGGCAAGUAUCGGAAGACAUUUAGCUUUUCAGAGAGCUACUGCUUUCAAACCUCCUCACCCUCACUUCGCAGUUUCAAUAAAACCCUCAUAUAUCCGUGGAAACUAUCUGUGGCUGCCAACUUUGUUUGUUCAUGGAAAUCUUAUUAAGCGGCCUAGUGAUGCCAUCCUUAAGGUUUCAGAUGGAGCAAGAUGGCCUGUUUGCUUUCAUUACAACAAAGCAAGAGCCACACUGCAAGGUGGUUUCGCUAAAUUUGUGCGAGGCAACAAUUUGAAAGUCGGUGAUGCUUGUGUGUUUGUAUUGACCAACAACAUCAAAUUCUUAUUUGAUGUUUUCAUUUUCCGCACCACAUAGAAAGCUGCAAAAUUUAUACACUCCACUCCAGGUAAGGAAUGCGUUGGUUUCUGAAUUUCAAAGGUUGGUGUAAAAACAUCUAAUUACAAGAGUAGCCAGAUAGAUCAUCUACAAGAUCUCAGUUAUUUUGAUUUUCUUCUUUAUCUUGUUGGUUGAUCAUCUUAAAGAGACAUUAGUCUAUAUGAUCUCUAUUGUUUUGGACUUCAUUGUCAUCUUGAUCACAUCAUCUGAAAAGGCAUCAGUAGAUGAUCUAUGUAAU